AUGCCUCGCAAAGAACCUCGCGCCAUCAUCAUAGGUUGUGGAGUGGCAGGAAUCGCCUUGGCAUCUCGACUGCGCUUCGAACUUGGAUAUGAGAACUUCGUCGUCUACGAGAGAGAGGCUGGCGUGGGUGGGACUUGGUUCCUCAACACAUACCCAGGUGUUGGAUGCGAUGUUGACUCUCACCUAUACUCCUUUUCCUUCAACCUGAACCCGGACUGGUCGAAGCGAUUUGCGGAACAGAAAGAGAUCCUCGAGUAUCUGAAUGCGACAGUUGAUAAGUUCGGAGUAAGACCGCAUGUUCGGCUCGGGAUCGAAGUCGUAGAAGCAAUCUGGGUCGACAAAGAAAGUCUAUGGCGUGUGACUCUACGGGACCUUGCCACCGACCAUACCUUCACCAGGGAUGCCGAGAUACUCGUGUCUUGCGUAGGAACAAUCUCGAUUCCACAAGAUUGCAAGAUAGCAGGCCACCAGAACUUCAGAGGCAAGAUCUGGCACUCCGCCAGGUGGGACCACAUCGAGGAAUUGGCUGGAAAGAAUGUGGCAAUCGUUGGGAAUGGAUGUUCAGCUGCUCAACUCACCCCAGCAGUCGUCAAGGAAGCCAAGUCCGUCGUGCAAUUUCAGCGAUCACCUCAGUGGAUCAAUGAACGACCCAACAGUGACUUCAGUCCUCUCACCAAAUGGUGUUUCCGAUACAUACCAUUAGCCAAUCGUGCUUACAGAUACUUGCUAUGGAGGAGCACUGACUCUUUGCAUGACCUGUAUACAUCGACGACUGGUACCGCAAUAAAAGCACGAGAGGGUGCUACUGUAGUCGCCAAGGACUACAUGUUGAAAACGGCACCAGCGAGAUAUCAUGACAUCCUCUUACCAAAGUUCCCUCUCGGCUGCAAGCGUCGUAUAUUCGAUCCUGGCUAUCUCGAAAGUCUUCAUAGCGACAACAUUGAGCUGACAGACGAACCCAUCAUCGAGUUCACCGAGACUGGGCUGAAAACGAGCAAGCGUGAGAUCGACUUCGAUUGUGUUGUCCUCAGCACGGGCUUCAAGAUCCAAGAGUUUCUGUCACCCAUUACAGUCAAAGGCAAGGACGGCGUAAGUCUCAAUCAGCACUGGAAGAUGACUAGAGGCGCUCAAGCAUAUAAAGCUACUUUUGUCUCUGGUUUCCCGAAUUUUGGCAUCGUCUUUGGUCCGAACGCUUUCCCUGCGCACAACUCGGUCAUCUUCACGAACGAGGUCCAGAUCGAAUUCAUCAUCAAGACAAUCUUCAAACCGAUCCUGAAGGGAAGCUUCAACGUUAUUGACGUCAAGGAGGCUGCUGAAAACAGGGACGCCAACAACGUGCAGAAGAAGUUGACGACUAUGGUGUGGAGUGGAGGAUGUACCAACUGGAAUCUGGAUGUGAAUGGCCGAAACACAACGAACUAUCACGAUGCAACGUGGAAGUUCUGGUAUUCGCUUUUCUGGCCUGUCUGGAAAGACUUCAAUAUGGAAGGUGGUAGCGGUGCUUCCCUGCCCAUCCACCCUGCAUUCAAGGCUCUUGGGACGACGACAACGCUCGGUCUGGGCCUUGGUGUAUGCUUGUACGCUUCUCAGCAUGGAAUUCGGGAGUGGCGUGGUCUUGUUCAAUAG